AUGGAUAAGAUUCUCCCUGGUGUUGUCCAGCCACAGAAGACGGUUCCGAAUGAGGAUUUGACCUCGAAAGACAGCGCUAGCCCUGUCAUCUCAGAUGUCCUGCCCAAGACCAAGGGCAUCAAUAUCUUUGCGCGGUUGACCCGUGACUUUGAUCCCAUCGCCAGCCGCCUUAACGAUGCGUCCAAGAACAUAACAGUUCUAGCACCACGCAACAGUGCAAUCCAGGCUCUUCCACGGAAGCCCUGGGAGAAUCCAGAGGAUUACAAGAAGUUCGGGGAGGUAAAUGCAUAUGAAGGCCAGGAUGGUCAAGACCGGGCGAAACGGAAUCUACAGCGAUUCGUAGAGGCCCAUCUCAUCCCGGCUAGUCCUUGGAGAAUUGGGGAAGAAGUUGAGAGUCUUGCAGGGGAGAAGUUGAAAUGGACGAAGGAGGGUGAUAAGAUCUUUAUCCAACCUGGCAAUAUUGAAGUUGAUUCAAUUGCGGAGAAGGUCAAUAAUGGGGAAGUCUGGAUUCUGAACGAUGUUAUUAAUUACCACCAGGAGUGA